AUGGCUAUGAGGAAAGAGAGAAGAUAUAAAGCCAGCCUCAAUCCUUCUUGCACCGCCAAAAAUCCUCCUACUCCAGUCUCCUCCAAUCAACCCGAUCAUCCUACCGAGCCCAUUCAGCACGCCACUAACAACGGCUACGACCACCCGCCUCACUACGAAGAACUCGCUUGGCCUGCGCAGCAAGACGGUGCAUUGGGCUACAAACAAGUCGGGCAACAAGGCCAGGGGGGUGGAUUGUUGGGGUUCAUCAUGGGAAAAUACAAGUCGGGAAAUUCUGGAGAUGCGGAGACAGUUAAGGCUCUUGAGUAUGCGUAUCAGGCGGGCAGGAUGGCGGAGAAGGGGGAGAAGGCUUAG